CACAUAAGCUGUACGUUAGAAACCCUAAUUCUAACACAUACAGCACUACGUUUCUGUAACAGCAUCCUCUGAUUCUCCCUCUCUGAAGCUCCGAGUGUUGCAGAAGCUCGAGACCCUAAUUUUAACGCAUAAGAUAACCUCUAGAGAGAGAGGAUAGCGUUUUCGAGAGGGUGAAGAGAGCAAGUGAGAGGAGAGAGAAUAGCUGGUGCUACAAUGUCUGAGUACGACCUUACUUCGAAGAUUGCUCCCCAUCUGGAUCGCCACUUGGUUUUUCCCCUCCUCGAAUUUCUCCAAGAAAGGCAUCUAUACGCAGAUGAGGAGAUACUCAAAGCAAAGAUCGAGCUUCUCAAUGAGACCAACAUGGUCGAUUAUGCCAUGGAUAUGCAUAAAAACCUUUAUCGCUCGGAUGAUGUUCCACAAGAGAUGAUUGAUAGGAGAGUUGAGGUGGUGGCACGGCUGAAAUCAUUGGAAGAGUCUGCUGCACCUCUUGUCUCUUUUCUGCAGAACCCUGCUCUUCUUCAGGAGCUUCGCCCUGAUAAACAGUACAACCUUCAAAUGCUAAAUGAUAGAUUUCAGAUUGGUCCAGACCAGAUAGAGGCUUUAUACCAGUAUGCAAAGUUCCAAUUUGAGUGUGGAAAUUACUCUGCUGCGGCGGAUUUUUUGUACCAGUAUCGAGCUUUAUGCACAAACAGUGAUAGGAGCUUGAGUGCUCUAUGGGGAAAGCUGGCUGCCGAGAUACUGAUGCAGAGCUGGGAAAUUGCUCUUGAAGAACUUAAUCGAUUGAAAGAGAUAAUUGAUUCGAAGAAUUUUGCGUCACCGCUGAAUCAAUUGCAGAACAGAAUUUGGUUAAUGCAUUGGAGCCUUUUCAUUUUCUUUAAUCAUGAAAAUGGUCGAAAUGGAAUCAUUGAUCUUUUUUUUCAAGACAGAUAUUUGAAUGCCAUUCAAACAAAUGCACACCAUCUUCUCCGUUAUGUUGCCACUGCUGUAAUUGUUAACAAAAGGAAAAGACAUAUGCUGAAAGAAUUGAUCAAAGUUAUUCAGCAAGAGCAAUACACUUAUAAAGAUCCCAUCACUGAAUUUUUGGAAUGCUUGUACAUCAACUAUGAUUUCGAGGGUGCGCAACAAAAGCUCAGAGAAUGUGAGGAUGUAAUCUUGAAUGAUCCUUUCCUUGGAAAGCAAGUUCAAGAGGCCAACUUUGUGACUGUUCCUUUAAGGGAUGAGUUCCUUGAGAAUGCUCGUCUUUUUAUCUUUGAGACCUACUGCCGCAUACAUCAGUGCAUUGAUAUUAGGAUGCUGGCAGAAAAGCUGAAUAUGAGUGAUGAUGAGGCGGAGAGAUGGAUCGUAAAUCUGGUUAGGAAUGCAAAGCUUGAUGCGAAGAUUGAUUCCAAAUCUGGGACUGUGGUCAUGAGUACCAACCAUGUCAAUGUGUAUGAGCAAAUAAUAGAGAACACGAAACAAUUAUCGAUGCGCACAUAUAUGCUUGCAAAAAAUGUGUUGGAGGCUGCCCCUGGGGCACCGGCCACUCGCUAAGAUCUCUGUCAUUGACGUUGCGUGAGUUAUCUCACUGAAAUUCUGAUCAGCUACAAAUUCUUUAAUAUUCUGAAGGGGUUCAGUGUUUUUGGUCUUCUAAUCGGUACGAGGAUUAGAUUGUACCUUUUUUGGGUAGGUAGGCUCAAGAGUACAUACGUCAAAAAUUAAUUUUGCGGCAAAAAUGAAAACUGGGAGGAAGCAAAUGUUGUGCAAUGAGGACUCAAGAAAAUUCAGGCUUUUAUUAUUAUUCUUUGGGUUAUGUGUAGAAGCCCAUUUGCCAACAGUCUUUAAUAUCUACAUUUUGGAUGUAUCCUUUUAUACUUUUCAUCUUGAAUCUGAUGCUGCCAUCCAUCCUAUUACAGGAUGGAUUGGACUUUUAGAGAUU